AAAAGCAGCGAAAAACACCGGAUUCCUUUGGCACAGGAUGAAGACUAGCUCAGCUCUUCAGUUGUUGAUCAUUGUCUAUUGUUCUCCAAACAGUAAACCACUAUUUCACACUGAGAUUGUUGGCUGCGGGUAUAUUCCAAUUCCCUGGCUCCUCAUGAAUAUGAAGUGAAGGGUGCUGACCCUGAAAGUGGUAGGUAAUCUCAAAAAAAAAAAGAAAGAAACGGUCAGGUAGGAGAAGAAAAAUAGACUUUCUGUGACUGUAUGCUCUUGAAAUCUCCCGCAGGUUCUAAGCAGGGCAAAAUGGGGUCUCGAAAGUGUGGAAGCUGCCUAAGUUGUCUGCUGAUUCCGCUGGCACUUUGGAGUAUAAUUGUGAACAUAUUAUUGUAUUUCCCAAAUGGGCAAACUUCCUAUGCAUCCAGCAAUAAACUCACCAACUACGUGUGGUAUUUUGAAGGAAUCUGUUUCUCAGGCGUCAUGAUGCUUAUAGUAACAACAGUUCUUCUGGUACUGGAGAAUAAUAACAAAUAUAAAUGUUGCCAGAGUGAAAACUGCGGCAAAAAAUAUGUGACACUGCUGUCAAUUAUCUUUUCUUCCCUUGGAAUUGCCUUUUCUGGAUACUGCCUGGUCAUCUCUGCCUUGGGCCUUGUCCAGGGCCCAUAUUGCCGCACCCUCAAUGGCUGGGAGUAUGCUUUUGAAGGCUCUGCUGGACGUUUCCUUACAGAUUCCAGCAUAUGGAUUCAGUGCCUGGAACCUGCACAUGUUGUGGAGUGGAACAUCAUUUUAUUUUCCAUUCUUAUAAGCCUCAGUGGGCUUCAAGCGAUCAUCUGCCUCAUCAGAGUAGUCAUUCAAUUAUCCAAGAUACUGUGUGGAAGCUAUUCAGUGAUCAUCCAGCCUGGAAUCAUUUGAAUAAGGACAAAAGUGUUUUCCAGUAUCAAGACACAGCCAUCUAUCUAAAUCUUAUACCAACUGCGUAGACUUGAGGACAAUAUUGAAAUGAUGGUGCUUUUUCCAUUUGGUGUUUAUUUGUGAAAUUUGCAGUCCUCACUGCACGUGCAAGUAUGCCACCCUUCCUCUAUUUAGAAUGCUUUUUUAAGUAAUGUUAUAUAUCACAUGACCCUUAUGCUGUGGGCCAUUAGGAACUUCAGAAAUACUUAUAUCCUUUGAUCAAACAAAUCCAUUUCUAAAAAUUUAUAUUAGGGAAGUAAAUAAGAAUAUGAGAGAAGAAUUUAUGCAAAUAUGUAUGUUGCAACAUUAUUUAAUAUUAAAAACACUCCAAAAUUCUAAACUUAGAGGAAGGUAUAAGAGUGGGAAAUACUGUGAAUGCUUUCUGAUAUUAAAAAAUUAAAUAAAAAAUAAAGAGUGCUAUGUGGUUGUAAAAUCAUAGUCAUUACAAAUGAUGUUUUAAAAAUUACAAAUAAUGCUACAUCAAAAAUCAGGUUACAAAUUAAUGUUUACAGUAUAACUAUUUAAAGGAAAUGAAACACUAAUAAUCAAAAUUUAGGAUGAAAACUAAAUCUAAGAGGAAAUAUAACACAAUGCCAACUAUGCUAGAUUUGGGGCAUUGAUGAUCCUUCUUCCCACUUUUCUAUACAUUCCAAUAUUUCUUUAUUGAAUAUGUUUUAAUGAAAAUAUUCUCUAAACUCAUAUUUUCACUAUUAAAUUUCUUUUUUAUUUUUCCAAACUUUAAGGCAUAUGCUCUUUCCACAUUCCUCAACAUUAUUUGUAAACAUCAUGGAAUGACACUUCCAUCAACAUUCAGUGAGGAAGUAGUGAUACAGAUAAGCCAAAAAGAGUUUUAUAUAAGCUUAUACAGUCAAACUAAACUCUUGCUCUUCCUUUCUGACUCCUGAUGAUGAGUGUGAUGGACUAGAAGAGGUAGUCUUAAAAUAAGUGAGCAACUAGGGAACAUGCUCAAUGGUCAAGAGAAAAUGACCACUGACCAGUCGAUAGCUGUGUCAUGGGGAGUUACCAGUAUCUAUAUUUAUUUUUAAGUAAUUAAAAAGUAGAACAUUUACAAACUUUCCACCUACACAUGCCAUGACUUCCUCGUGGACAGUAGCCACAUCUUAUAAAUUUUUCCACCAUCCAUAGGACCCAGCACACAGUGGACCCAGUAGGCACUCAGUGUUGAAUGCUCAUACCAGGUUUUCUGCUUCUUAUAAUUUACCCUGCUGAGCACUGCUUACAUCACAGGUGCACUGGGCCUCAACACUUCUGCCAUUUCCCUAUUUGUCUCCUCCAUGGACACUGUUAACAACGGUCUGCCAACACUUGAUCUGUGCCAAAGCCAGAAAGUAGGCUAGGGGGAUGUGGGAGAGAACGUCUUUCUCCUUGCUGUCUGCUGUGCCAACCUUCAGGUGCCAACCAAAGCGCCUUUCACAGCCUUUGCUGAAACUAGCAUCUUGAAAGCAAGCCAUGCCCUCAUGUUCUGGGUUCAGCUGAUUGAACUGGGACAGACCCCAGAGUCAUGGACAGCCUCUUGUCUUCCCAGUGGCUUCUGACUUAGCCUGGAGCAAAACACUGUACAAACAAGACUGGUGGUUAUUCAAGCAUCAGAAUUUGAACUAGGAAGCUAAGAAUGAAGCAACCUGAACAUUGCCGCAAGAAAUGAUUAAAGGAUAAAGAAGGAAGCCAACAUAGAGAGAGUAUCUGGUUCAUCUUAAUAAUGGUAUCAUAUUAAAAGGAGGAUAUGUGAACUUCUGCUCCAAAGCUUCCUAAAACUGCCUUUGCCCACAAUGAACAGUGACAAUAUACACUAGGCCUGGUUUCUACUCUUGGAUUUCUAGAUAGUCUUUCUUCUUUGUCACUGUGCUGAUCAUUUCAGUAACCCCCACCACUGAAUCAGUGCAGCUCUGUUUAUUGCAACCAAAAUGACCCAACCAAAGUUUCCCUUUUCUAGAUGUUGGGUUGGAGGGAUGCCAAGACAGAGAUGCUUAAGCUCCAGAGUAUUGCAGAGCUUCAUUCAAUAACUCUACUUUCCAAAGAACUUAAACAUGAGGUCUGAGGGACUUGGGCCAGGAGACAAACCCAACCUACAGACACCAUGUUGUACUCAGGGUGACCUCUCCCCUCUGACAGCCCAGGGUUUCUCUAGCAAUCCCAUAAGCUAGUCAUAUCCAGGACCAUCUUGUCAAAAAUUCUCUCAAAGUCUCCUCAGCGCUCUUGUAAACAGACUUCUAGCAGGUCCACUUCAUCAGUUUACCAGAUACUUUUGGACUGUCUAUCUCUUGUUUAGAUUCAGCAUGGCACUAUACAUUGAAUGGAAUAUUAAUAGAUGUUUGCCAAAUGACUCCACCACAGCAUUGGACAUAUCAGAGCUACAGCCAAAUGCAGCAUGAUAUCUCUAUCAGGAAAAUUAAAUUUUAAUAUAGCCUUCAAAUAUUCUAUAUUUGAAGAGUAUAUGCUAAUCAUGUAAUUUUAAGUUAAAAAA